UAAGCCCAGGUUGCUCCUAUUAAGCCCAGGUUGCUCCUAUUAAGCCCAGGUUGCUCCUAUUAAGCCCAGUUUGCAUUGAAACACAUGGAGAUUGUGUGUUGAUAUAAACCUGAGCAUGAAUGUCUUUACUUCAGAUUUAAGUACUCAAACUACAGUUAUGCAUAUUAUUCAUAGUGGCCUUUACCAAGAUGAAAUCAUUAAGAACAACUAGAAACCUCUGUACUCUCUGCAGAAUGUUUAAAGUAGACAGGUAGUUUUUGAUGCAGAGAGAGAGAAGAAGAAGAUCAGGGUUGAAGGAUAUCAAGGAUAGAAGAUCUGGGCAAACAAAUGAAGGACAAGAAGAUGACUACUGGCCGACUACUCAUGCAGUUCGGGCCGGGGCAUUGUCAUAUUGUUGUCCUUCCUUCAUCCAGGUGAUUCUGUUUUUUUGGGGUUUCACCAUCUGUACCUUUCUAAUACAAGAGUAGAUUAGAAAGAUUAGGGAGAUUAGAAACGAUCUUUAGGCUUUAGAAAGACAAGUUGAACUAAUGAACAACAAUAGGAGUACAGCAACUGUUAACCAGCUUUCAGAAAAAUUCAUUAAAAGUUGUUUGUGUUAUGGUCUUUGUGCAGCUGCAGGAUCAAUAUUCACCUUUAUAAUAUGGGAUGAAGCCUGAGCUGGAAUGUGAAGCUAACUGAAGCUGGCUAGCUUUAGAAAACCCUGACUAGAUCUCUCUAGUGUCGUAGUAUACCCCUCAGAACCCCAAAGAUAAGCUUGUAAUUGUAAAAAAACACUGUAUAGUCAAAAAAACAUCCAUGUUUUUAGUAUUAAACUUUUUAAAAAAUGGUCUUUGGCAGGAGCGAGACCAGACUCUCACUCGGACAGAGGAAAGAGUACUUCAGGGCAACCAGACCCAAAGAUGGCCAAACCAGCGAGACCACACCACUGCUCCCAUUGUGGAAAGAGUUUUAUUAAUUUAAGGAGUCUAAAAGUUCAUCAAAGAGUACAUACAGGAGAAAAGCCUUACCACUGCUCACAGUGUGGAAAGAGUUUUAUUAAUUUAAGGAGUCUAAAAGUUCAUCAAAGAGUACAUACAGGAGAAAAGCCUUACCACUGCUCACAGUGUGGAAAGAGUUUUACUCAGUUAGGGAAUCUGAAAAUGCAUGAGCGAAUACACACAGGAGAGAAGCCUUUCCACUGCUCCCUGUGUGGAAAGAGUUUUACCCAGUUAGCUGCCCUGAAAAUACAUGAGAGGACGCACACAGGAGAGAAGCAUUUUCACUGCACCCUGUGUGGAAAGAGUUUUACCCGGAUAGGUUCCCUGAAAACGCAUGAGCGAAUACACACAGGAGAGAAGCCUUUCCACUGCUCCCUGUGUGGAAAGCAUUUUACCCAGUUAGGGGCCCUGAAAACACAUGAGAGAACACAUACUGGAGAGAAGAAUUUUCACUGCUCCCAGUGUGGAAAGAGUUUUACCCAGUUAGGGGCCCUGAAAAAGCACGAGAGGACACAUACAAGAGAUAAUCAUUUCCACUGCUCCCUGUGUGGAAAGACUUUUACCCAGUUAGGGUCCAUGAAAACGCAUGAGAGGACACACACUGGAGAGAAGCCAUAUCGCUGCUCCCAGUGUCAAAAUACCUUUUCCGCAUUAAGGGUCCUGAAAUCACAUGAAAGAACCCAUUUAGUAGAGAGGCAGAGGCCGUUCCAAUGCUCUCAGUGUGGAAAGAGAUUCAUCCAGUCAUCACAUCUGAAAGAUCACAUGACAACACACACAGGAGAAAAACCGUUCCAAUGCUCUCAGUGUGGAAAGGGUUUUACCAGGUUAAGCACACUAAAAACACACAAGAGUACACACAGGAGAUCAGCAUUUCCAAUGCUCCCAGUGUGAAAAGAAACGGUUAGAAAAUGCAUCCAUUAAAAACAAUUGAUUGAUUUAUUAGGGGGAAAAGAUGCACUGAGUACGAGUACAACCCAGGGGGUAAAGCGCUAAAGUGAAAAUCACUUGUUUCCAACGAUGGAAUAAACUCAAUACAGACAAGACACAAGAUAAAUAUAUCUUCCUCCCAGUGUGGAAAGGUAUUUAUACGUAGUUAGGGAACCUGAAAGACCACAACGGAACACACACAGGGAAGAUGCCUUACCACUGCUCCCAGUAUGGAAAGAGAUUUUUCACAUCUCAUAACACACAGUGCUCCCACACUUUUUUUUGUGGGGGGGAGGGGACUGUGUUUUCCUGGGUUGGAUCGGUCAUGAAAAUCUGGGAAAAGUCAUUAAUUUUUGUUGUUGUUGUGUUUUCAAAAAGUAAAUGGAAAUUAAUUUAACUUCUGUUAGCCAUUUAUUUAGGCAUAGUUUGUAAAUAUUUUAUUGAUCACAUACAAAUCACCAUAUCAACCAGGAUCAGAAUGCUUUAAUGCUGUGUGACCGCAUCACCUGCACAUACACUGUGGAGUGGGCCUCAAGGGGAGAGAGACAGUAGCACUGUGGAGUGGGCCUCAAGUGCUGUUAGCAUUUAUUCAUGCUAGUUAACUGUUUAGCUGUUAGCAUUUAUUCAUGCUAGUUAACUGUUUAGCUGUUAGCAUUUAUUCAUGCUAGUUAACUGUUUAGCUGUUAGCAUUUAUUCAUGCUAGUUAACUGUUUAGCUAUUAGCAUUUAUUCAUGCUAGUUGUUUAGCUGUUAGCAUUUAUUCAUGCUAGGUAACUGUUAGCAUUUAUUCAUGCUAGUUAACUGUUUAGCUGUUAGCAUUUAAUCAUGUUUUCGUCAUGUCCCAAAAACUUUCCACCAUCACAUGCAGGUUAAGGCCAUGCAAAGUUUAUUCACUUUUUUUGGACAAUUCAUUUAAACUUUUUUUGUUUGUUUUUUUUGCAAACAAGUGAUUCACUUCGCCAUUUGUAUUAGUUAGGAUUCUGGUGAAUCAAAAUAAUCAAUUGUGAAUCACGAGGACAAAACCUGCCGUAAUGAUCUAUUAUCUAAUUCUUCAAUCUCCAAUAAAUGGUAUUCAUCUUA